AUGGGAAAGAAAGAGGAAGGUAAGGCGUUGGACUGGAAUAUUGGCUACUACAUGCGGUACCAACCCGACAACAGGAGAAAACAACACGCUUUAUCACACAAUAUGCCAGCAGAUGUAGUCUUCGUUGCCAAAAUCAAUGGUAAAGAUUUAUACGCCUGUACACUUCCGACAUUUACUAAGGUGUUUAACCUGCUGUUGAUUUUCAUUUACUGCGACACUGUUGAUGGACUUAUAGGGCUUCGACCCCCAUCCGCUACCUACUCGCCACAUCCGGUUCGACCUGUAGCCGGAAAUAAACCUGUAAUCCAUGAUCGUCGCGUGACUGACGGAUACAAUAGUGAUGAUGAUAUCAAAUUAUUCAUUCUUCAAAGGUCACGCCCGCACUCUCCCGUCAGACAAGAGGUCAUAGACAAGGUUACGGCUCUCCAACACCAGACACCACCGGAAGUCGCUCCAAAGCUUAAAGGAUUAGCUGGGAGUUGUAGACCAUCAGCUGUGCUGAAAUGUACCAUUCGCUUCCUCAAGGACUACUUAAGAAAUAACACUACCAUCUGCCAGCAUAUCGAGGAACUGGAGACAUGCGUAUUGGAAAAGAUAGAAGCAUGUGACCUGGUGGCUUCCCGUCAAGCGUACAUCAUACUCAAUAACGUGAAGGCUUUGAUACCUAUAUCAGGGCAUCAUGCAUGUGGAAGGUCGACUCAUGCUCUACCAAAGUCCUUAGACAAUAAACUAAAUUAUUCGCCCUGUUGCGUGGUUAAUUUACUAGAAUGCAUGGCAAGAACGUAUCGAGAAUUACUGGAUGACAGGAAGUCAUGUGACGCAGUCACGGACUUCACUUCCUGUUCAGCUUUCUCUUUCCGAUCCUACGACAGUCAGCCGGCAGAGAGGAUAUUCCAGUCUAUAAUGACACUUACCCGGACCUGCAUCCAUUCUCGCAAACCAUACUCAAAGUAAGGAAGAGAUGGCCUGACUAUAGUCAUGUUAAUGAUAUGACAUUCGGACAAUGGGAUGAAAACAGGGAAGUGGUGUAAUGAUUGACGGCCUGAACCUUGUUCAAAGACACUUAACACUAACGUAACAGAGUGCGAUUUCGACAACAUUUGUUUUAAAGUUGAUAAUUACCAAAACAAUCGAUAAGUACAUCUCUAUUAAUACUGAUCUUGACAGAGAAUUCUUUUUAAAUGGAGGCGAUUUUAGACACGUCUUUUUGUCAUAUCUGCAACUCGAGCAU